AAUGACAGCUGCUUGGCUAAAUAAUAGCUAUCUUCAGCAAGUACUUCGUGUCCAUUAUCAAAGCGAUGAAGUUCAAGUGAAGUCGGUGAAUCUUGAAACAGCAUUAGGGCGAGGGGAGAACUAUGGAGCCAUAUUGACACGCAUACGAGUUGUAUACAAAUGGGGGGAUAGCCAGGUGGAUUAUGUUGAUUUUAUAAUGGCAAAAACUGAGCUGGAAAAUGAAGAUUUCGAUACACGUGAAAGGAAAGCUCCCUACGACAUUUUCAAUCGAGAACUGGAUAUAUAUGAGAAUGUUAUGCCCAGGCUGCAAGAGUUGGCCAAUGAACAAAUCUGUCCAAAAAUCUACCAUAUAGAUCGACAACAUAGAGCCCUGCUAAUGGAGGAUUUGAGUAUGCAAGGUUACAAGAUGGCAUCGAGAUUAAAUCGGUUGGAUGAGCAACAUGUGCGAAUAGUACUAAACAAGUUGGCCAAAAUGCAGGCAGCAUCGGUGAUUAUGCAGGCGGAGACACAAUCAUUGAAUCGAUUUGAUCGCGGCUUUUUUAAUCAAUAUACAGAAAGUUUUCAGACCUAUUUUGUGGGAUGUCUAAGGGCCUGUGCUGAAUAUCUGCAAAGUCAACCGGGCUAUAAGGAGAGUGCAGUUCUAUUGGAGCAACUUGCACCACAUUAUAUGUCUUUGGGAUUGCGUUGCUUUCGGCCAGAAGAAGAUCAAAUUAAUGUAUUGACGCACGGUGAUCUUUGGACCAAUAAUAUGAUGUUUAAAUAUGAAAACAAUGUGCCAAUUGAUGUCCUUUUGAUUGACUUUCAAUAUGCCUUUUGGGGUUCACCAACAUUGGACAUACAUCAUUUGAUCAAUACAUCGGCCAUUGAAUGCGUAAGAAGUGGCAAACAAAUGGAAAUGAGAUGUGUUUAUUAUAAAACAUUUCGAGAGCAAAUUAAGAGACUUCAGUUCAAAGGAAAAUGGUCAUCUAGCCUGAAAAAGUUCCAUUUAGCUUCAGAGCAAAAGAGAUUCUAUGCUGUUCAUUGUGGUCUAAUUCUGCAACCAGUUUUACUGAAUACAGAUGAGACGGAUGCGGAUUUUGCAGCUUUGCUUUCAGAUAAACCGCGUGGCAUUAAUAUGAAACGACGCCUUUACCUCAAUGAGGCCAUACAGGACUCUGUGAAAACGUUGGUUAAACAAUUUGAAUUAGAAGGUCUCUUGGAGCCGGAGCAAUAUGUUUAAUGAAGAGCAUUUUUGGUUUCCUCAGCUAAUAAACAUACAGAAAAUUUUGGCCAGAAAGUGGAAAAAAGUUUCCACACAAUAGGGCAACAUCAAA